AUGGAGUUAGACACAAGGAGUGUGACCUCAGAACCAGCCUCUCCACUGAAGAGUCCAGGGGAGGAAAAGAUGGAGGUCACUUCUGAACUGAGCAGCUCAGAUUGGCAGAGCAGGGACAGUGGGUUCUUUGAAAGAGGCAUUAAAACAAUGUUGAGCAUCCGGAAAUCAAAACGAAGUCUGAAGAAAGAGAGAGGGAAGGAAGAUACUGGCACUUGGAAUGCAAAAAGGUUUCUGCAAACACUCAGGAGCUAUGAGGAGAACAAACCCACAAUCUGUAAUAGCAUGGAGAAGGUUGGUGAAAAAUGUGAGCCCAUUGAAGCAAAACCUCUUUCAGUAAUGGAAAUCAAUGAACUUAUUCAGAAGAGACAACUUUUGGAAGCAUUUGCAAGUAUCAAGCUAAUGGAAGAUGAGACCAUCUCUGAACGGGAUUCUGAGAAAUACAGCGAUAACCCCCAGGAGCUUGUACGGAAAUCCAAGGAUGUGGAUUUGCUUUAUAACUCCAUCACAAAUGCAAUCAAGUCCAUAGUGGAGGAAACGCUAGAGGAUCCCACUUUACAGCAUACCAUGCUGACCUCCAUGGUGACUUUAAUUGCCCUUGAAGAAGCAGCUCAUUCCAGCACAGACAAUGCUGCUCAUCCUGGCUCAGAUUUGCUGGGCAGGCCCAGAAAGUGGAGGGAGCAAUGGAAGGAAGCUGUCAACGAGAGUGCAAGAAAAAGAGUCCUGAAGGCACCCAUGGCAUCAAGGGAAGAAGAAACUUCUUGGCUUGAUCUCCACUUACAUUUCCUCCAGGAACACCUGAAGGAAGAUUUACUGAAAAUCAAGUCAUCAGUAAAAAAAAGCUAUCCAGAGGAGUACCAGGUGUGUGACACAUAUGUGGAAGCUUUUCACAAUGCUAUUGCCUCACAUUUGCAAGAACUCUCCCAGGGACCACUGGACAUCCACGAGCUCUACACCUUGCUUAACUGGGUGGCCAACACCUACCACAGUGAAUUCUUUCUGGGUCAUCCUGAGCUCAAACCAGAGGUUAAGACAGAAAACCUGCCCUUGCUGUUAACACCAGCUGAUUGGGAUAAACUAAAAAAUGACUACAUUGCUUCUGCAAAGGAGAAAAUCAAAAGUUGUUUUGGAAACAUCCUGAGACUGGAGGUCACGGAGAAGUGGGAGAAGGAAGUUCAUUUAGAAGAGAAGGAAAACCUCUACCACACCUCAGUCUCUUUUGAUAUUCAAACGAUCAUUGGGGAGCACGUGAAGUCAUCUGGAGCUAUCAGUGGAGGCCUGGAAACAAAAAUGCUUGAGUUGUGCAUGGCAGAGCUGCUUGAAUUCAUACCCAGGUUUGAGCAGGAGUUCAUGGCGUGGAGCACUGCCCAGGACAGCCCCAGCUUUGUGCCCCACCUUGUUGCCUACAUCAACAGCUUCCAUGACCUGGUGUCAGGGUUGGAAACAGCAUUUAAAGUCGAUACUGAGGAACUGCAGAAGAUUUUGGCAGCUCUGACAAGGAACUUCACAAAUAUUUUUUUAACAAAAUUAAGAACAAAAACACAGCCACUCCUUAAGAAAAUCCUGACCAAGAACUGGAUUUUGGCAACGGAAAGGCCGGACUCUCUGGCAUCGGCAGUCUCGCAGUUCUCAGAGCACCUGCAGCACAUGAGGGAGCCCCUGGGGCAGGAGCUUCUACAUGAAGUUCAUAAAUACGUGGUGAAGGAAUAUGUCACACAGAUCAUCAAACCCAGAUGGAAAAUGAACAAGGAUACAUGUCAGCAAGUGAGCAGAAAGAUGAGCCAGGAAGCUGCAAUCAUUCACAAUGAACUCAUUGAUCAGGGCUCCAAAGCUGACUGGCUCCUCCCUGUCAUAUAUCACAUUGCCAGUAUCAUUGGGGAGAAGAAAAAAGACAAGAUCAAGGCAUAUGUCAAGGAGCUGUGCCAGGACUAUCCAGAUAUCAGGAAGGAGCACAUCCUGGCCAUCCUGGCGCUCCGGGGGCUAGGGCGCACCAGGAGAGCGGCGAUUUUGCAGCAAGUGUGCCAAGCACAGGAGAGCUCCAACAGAGGGAAGGGCGGCACACUCUUCGCUGAAAUUGAUGUUCCAGUAAUCUGCAGCUGCUUCUAA